AGAAAGAGCAAAAGCCCAGGCUCAGUUUUAGAGCCUGGGAACCGUGUCUACAAACAUGACAGCUAGAGCUUUCUGGCUCCUCUGUUUGAUCGUUGGAUCAUCUCCCGAAGCCCCAGUGGCGGAGAGAAAAGCCUCGCCGCCCCACAGGAAGCCGGACCCCGGCGGCAGCCCGAGUGCGGAAGAGACGCGGGGGCCCCAGGCGCAGCCGGUCCCAGAGACCCCGCGACGGCCGCGUGCUGCCGAAGACUCUCCCCGCGCCUGGUCGGACCUGCGGCGCCGGAAGCCCCCGCCGCCUGCAGAGAACCGGGCCGGCUUCCGGGAGGCCGCGCGCGCGCCCGCGGGCCCGCCCGGCCCGCCCAGCCCGCGCCUCGCGCAGGCCGAGAACCGCGCUUCGCCGCGCCGCGUGCCCGCACUGGAGGACUCCCCGCGGCGCGCGCGCGCCCGGGCCCUGCGCCUCCCGGCCGCGCGGCCCCCCGCGCGCGCCGCCGAGGCCUCCGCCUCUCCUGCCCACCCCAACCGGCCGCGCGCCGCUGCACCGCCCCCGGGACCCGCGCCCGCGCCGCCGCCGCGCCUCGGCCCGCCGGGAAGGGAGGACGCGGAAACUGGCGCCGAGCUCUGCGCGCGCGCCUGCAGGGCGGACCUGGACGAACACGAGUCCUACUGCGCCAGCGAGUUCGCAGUGAACGGAAUCGUGCAUGAUGUGGACGUGCUUGGCACAGGGAUCCGGCUGGUGACUCUGCUGGUGGACCGGGACGGGCUAUACAAGAUGAACCGCCUGUACAUCACUCCGGACGGGUUUUUCUUCCGAGUCCACAUGUUAGCCCUAGACUCCUCCAGUUGCAAUAAGCCAUGUCCAGAAUUUAAACCUGGCAGCAGGUAUAUUGUGAUGGGCCACAUCUACCAUAAGAGAAGGCAGCUACCUACAGCUCUGCUUCAGGUCCUGAGAGGGCGCCUCCGACCAGGAGAUGGACUGCUCAGGAGCAGCAGCAGCUAUGUGAAAAGAUUUAACCGAAAAAGGGAUGGGCAAGUGCAAGGGGCAAUUCACACCCAGUGCAUUUGAAACAUCCCAGCCUAGUGCGGUGGGGUGUAGCUCAGUGGUAGAGCAUGAACUUAGCAUGCAUGAGGUCCUGGGUUCAAUCCCCAGUACUUCCAUUAAAAAAAAAAUACCAGCCUGGCAUUUCUGGAUCAUGAGACUUGGAAUUCAGCAAUAAGGCAGGAGGUCUAUCCUCAUGUAAUGGGAUUUUCCUUUAGCUUAGGGCACAUAGCUCCUUUAAGAACUAGUUGCAGAGUUCAGACUCUGAUCUUGAAGGUGUCACUUUCUGAUUCACAAAAUGCUUCUUAAAUGGUAUGCUUCUAAGCUCCGGGGCAAAGUUAUUCAGCUGUAGUGCCGGUCAGUCACAGAGCUCAGAUAACUGACCUGUCCAGUUAACAGAUCACUGCUUCAUGUUGUUUAUUUUUAAUUAUUUUAAUUUAAAUACAUUCUUCCGUAGAAAUAGUUCACAAAAACACUUCCUUGAUUUUAAAUAUACAGUUUUGAAUAGUUUAUAUCGUGAGUCAAACCAAAUUUUAUACUAAAACCAUCACAUUUAAAAUUCUGUACAUAACAGUUAAGUGCACUAGUCAGACAUAUGAAAUGUCAUUUAGAUCACAUUUAGAUCAAACACUAAAGUCAGAGCCCAAGACAAGUAUUAGAAGUUUUACACUUAAAAGAGUACUGAAGGGCUUAAUUGAAGCAAACAAGUGUUUGUUCUAACAAGUGUUCCUGAUGUACGAAGAUAGAAGAUACAGUUUUUCACACCUCCUGCUUCUAAAAUCAUGUUUGUGCCAUACUGGCAGCUAUCCCGAUGCCAAACAUAUUCUGGGUAUUAUCUGAUGUCAUUUUUCUAUUAAGACCAAGUAUCAUGUUUGUGUUUAUAAAGCAGUAAAUCUUGCCUUGAAAUCAGAUCUUGGAUGCAGCUGGUUUUUUGGGUUUUGUGGUUCUUUUUUGUUUUGUUUUUUUUUUUGCUUUUUAGCCUCACUGAGCCCCAAAAGGUUUGGGAAAAAGCAUUUCUCAAACUUACUCCAAAAUCCCUGGAACCAAUAUUUAAUGAUGGCUUGCAAACAUGUGAAUUUUAAAUGUUUUCCGGUUGGCUUGAAAAAGAUUUCAUCGCUAACUGAAUUUAAGAUUAAUUUUAUACCUGAGUCUAUAAAGACAUUAACAGUUUUUUUUUUCAGAAGACCAGGCUGUGCUGCAGUUAAUUUGAAACACUGUGAACAGACACUGAUCAUCCAUGAUUGAAUAUUAACUACCUCAAGAAAGGAUAAAAAGGAACCGCACUGAGGAGAGAAAAACAGCCCAUUUGGUCUCAGAGGAGAUGCAUUCGGGAGCUCAAGAUGUGUCUUUAGUCUGUAAUAGCACACAGGGUCUUACGCUGUGAAGCCUCUGUCCUGUCCUGACAUCCUGUACAUAUUCAGUUCUUCUGUGUGGCCAUUGAAGACCCGUGUACACCUUGGCAAACACAGGCAGGCCAGCUUUUUAGAAACUGCCUCAUUAAAAUUAAGGCCAUCACUGAAGCCCAGGUUUGCAAUGAAAGAUAAGUGAGGUGCAAAUGAGGUAGGCCAGCUGUGCGUCUGGGGGUGUACUCGGGAGGCAGUGAACGAGACUGGGAAUUCCAGGUUAGGCAAAAACGUUUAAAAGAAUCUUCUCAAUAUUCAGUCAGUACCUUGGAUACAAUCUUUGAAUUUUAUGGAACAUUUUAAUUCACAAAUUCACUGUAGUUCCUUGUCCUUUUGUCCUAUUGAUAGAUUCUCCUUAGCACAUGGGUUUGUGUUCCGAAAACUGAAGGAUUAGGUGCACAAGUCCCUCACCAAUAAAAUACUCUGUUGCCAAGAGUAACUCAGCACGUUCCUCUUUCAACAAGCUGUUAGAACUCAAUCAGAAAAACGUUUUUCUUUUGGUAGGGAAAGGUCUAUAAAACAUGCUUUUUUUUUUGGCGGUGGGGGGGGCAACUAGCUUUUUACUGUCUUUUAAUUAAAGAUAUCAUUUGAUACUGUUA